CGGUUCUCUGUAGAACUGUAUAAACUGAUGUUCGGCUACUAGCGCUCAGUAUUUAUUUCGCGUUUGAAAACGCCGGACACUUGUUUCUCGUGCUCUACGCUACGAAUUUUAAUUAAAUCUAAAUCUAUAUAGCCUUUUGUCAAAAUGUCACACAAUGACUCAAGUAAGCCCGUGAAUCCCAACGAGUUUCUGGUCAUUCCCAAAUGGAUAAAUGAGGAAUACUUUCGCCCCAUCCUCGAGAAAGAUGUAAACGACUUUGUAACCAUUAAAAACUUUACACCCAUUGCGGCAACACAACCAGGUGAAAACUACACAUCGAUUAUGGUGCGUGUCGUCAUCGACAUAGAGCUCAAAGAUGGCAGUGAGCAGCAGAUAUCAUACAUAUUGAAGACGAUGCUGGAUGCGAAUAAGGGCGGCGAUAUUGUAGCGGGCAUGAAUUUGUUUCCUAAAGAAAAACAGAUGUACGAGGUGCAUAUACCUAACUAUGUCAAACUCUACAAGGAGGCGGGCUUAGACAUUGAACUGGCGCCCAAAAGCGUGCACGUUGAAAACACUCCGGAGCGCAUAACCCUCGUGCUAGAGGAUCUAAAGCGUCAGAAAUUUCACAAUAUCGAUCGCCUUAAGGGAUUGGACAUGCCCCACAUGCGUCGGGUGCUACGUAAACUGGCCGAGCUGCAUGCCGCCUCUGCGGUGAACUUUGAACAUAACGGACCCUACGCCGAUAUGUACUAUGAAACGUUUUAUAAGGAGAACAAUCGGCCAAUUUUUGAGGCCCUUGGACAAAUGCGUGUGGAGCAGUAUUUCAAAGCCAUGAGGGAGUGGCAAAUGCCGGAUGCGGAGAAAUAUAUUGCGAUGGCCCCAUCUGUAAAACAGUUUUUUGAUGACGCAAUUGCCUUGAACAAAGUGGACGAGACCGAGUUCAAUUGUCUUAAUCAUGGAGAUCUUUGGUGCAACAAUAUAAUGUUCGCAGAUGAGGGAUCGGUAGAGCGCACACUGUUUGUGGAUUUGCAAGUUGGCAAAUGGGGCUCCCCAGCACAGGAUCUUUGGUAUUUUAUUACAACCUCGGCUGCGCUUGACAUUAAGGUCAAGGAAUUCGAUCAUUUCAUCAAAAUAUAUCAUGAGCGUUUGGUGGAAUGCCUUAAAUUGCUGAAAUACUCGAAACACAUUCCAACGCUGCGUGAAUUACACGUCACGAUGAUAAAAUACGGCAAUUGGGGCCCGUUGACGGCAAAUGGAGUUUUGGUGGCCGUACUCAUGCCCUCUGAUAAGGACUCCAGCAUAGAUAUGAUGAUGAUGCCGGGACCCGAGGGUGAUGCCUUUCGCUACAAGACCUUCAUCAAUCCCUAUUACGUCAAGGCCAUGCUUCAAUUGUAUCCGUUCUUUGAAAACAAGGGUCUGCUAUAAGAAUAUUCGCUUUAUACAUAUAUGUAUGUAUGUUUAAUCAUUGUGUGAAUUGUACAUAUGGAGGUGAUACUAAUGUUACAUCAUUUAUCUGAAAUUAAACAAUUUUCUACGUCAGAGCACUAAGCAAAGAACAUAUAGAUGGGACAUGCCAUCAGAAAUCCCAAAAUUUGUCAAAUUUGCAUCGGACAGGCAGGCAGGGACCAACAGGCACACAAGCGCAUAAAUGCUUCUAUUCAUAUACAUAUACAAGCAAGUCCAAAAACUUUAAAAUGCACACAUGCCAACGCUUAGGUACCCUUUCCAACAAUAACGAGCCUAAAUGCAAGAAUUUCGCAUCGACGUGGCAAACCCUUUCAUUAUUUCAUAUUACUUGUCCAUUCAAAAGGGAAUAUAUUUGAGAAAAAUUGAAUUUGUAAGCAUUUUUACUUGUGCGGACACAUUCACACACAAACAUUUAAUCGGUACCUAGACAUAAAGAGAGCAUUGACAGCACUGAGAGUAAGUGCGAGCGAGAUGAAAAUAAACAGCGAUGCCGUUCUAUCGCACAAAUCAUAUGGAAGAGAGUAAGCCAAAGCAGUUUCCUGUAGUGUAAGCGAAUAAAAAGACAUUAUAUCUUAUAUAUCUUACUCUUCUUUUGGACCAGAUGCACCGAUUUUUUUUUUAGCCCACUUUGCUUAUACUGCAUGUCUCAUCUAUAUGUUCUUUGGUUAGUGGUCAGAGCCAUGCUACAAUUGUAUCCGUUCUUUGAAAACAAGGGUUUGCUCUAAGAAUAUAAGCUUUAUAUAAGUUUAA